GCUAAGAUACAUACUUCUAAGUAUCUUCUGUUGUUUCUGUUUCAGGAACUCCAAGCUUACUCACUUGCUUCAAGACUCUUUAGGUGGAGAUUCAAAGACGUUGAUGUUUGUACAGAUUAGUCCCAAUGAGAAUGAUUUGAGUGAGACUCUCUGCUCACUAAAUUUUGCGAGUAGGGUCAGAGGGAUAGAGUUGGGACCUGCAAAGAAGCAAGUAGAAAACAAUGAGCUCUUGAGAUGCAAACAAAUGGUUGAAAAGAUAAAGCAAGAAAUGAAGAGCAAAGACUUCCAAAUUAAGAAGCUGGAGGAUACCGUUCAGGGCCUAGAUAUAAAGAUCAAAGAGAAAGAUAUGAAAAACAAGAACCUGCAAGACAAGAUUAAAGAAUUGGAGUCGCAGCUACUGGUAGAGAGAAAGCUAGCAAGGCAGCACGUGGAUACUAAAAUAGCAGAAGAGCAACAACACGCGAGACAACAGCAAGAAGAGCAAAAUUCUGCACUUACAAGGCCACCACUUGCAUCCAGAACACUUGACUCUUUUCGAAUGCUUGGUGAGAAUAAAGAUCAACAGUCAAAUAUAACUCGUCAGAAUAACGAGAACAACUGCAAAGUUCCUUCCUUCCCUACCUUUGAUGGCCUGACCAAACACAAUGAGAUAGAGAAAGAAAAUAAUCCUGAGAUGACUGAGCAAUUCCCAUUGCCAAAGCGGACAGGCAGAGCUUCUAUUUGUCCAGGUGCACAAAGGAUUCCACCUGCACAACUUCCACGACGCAACUCUCUAAUUCCUUUGCCAAGUGUGCCAUCAACAGCCAAGAUGCCUUCUUCACUUUUAGCAUUGAAACCCAUACAGGCUGACAAGAUAGAAGAUGCUCAUGGGGUUGAAUAUGAUUCCCCGCUUGAACCGACUCCAUGGGACAGUCCUAAAGAAAAUAAAAUUGGAACUAAGAAGCUGAGCAGUUUACUGAGAAAAAGCAUCCAAAAGAAAAUGCAGAUGAAGUCGCCAAAGCAGCAGCAGCACAUCAGAAGAGCUGGUGUGAAUGUGGGAAUGGAGAAGGUGAGAGUCUCUAUUGGAAGCCGAGGGAGAAUGGCUCAUAGAGUGCUAAGUAAUGCUAGAAGAGUAGCUAAGGACACGCAACAAUUGCAAAGUAGGAGAGAGAAGGAGAGAGGGUGGAAUAUUGGAACAGCAGCAAGAGCUAUUUUAUGAAGCACGAUUUCGACUUCUUCUUCCUUUCACCUUCUUGUAUCUAGACUAACACGAUAUGUUAUGACACACGUGAUUUGCUAAGAUUAUUCAAUGAAUAGGCUUUGAGAGCGGGAUUCAACUCAGGAAAAGGCAAAACUUGUUUAUGUAUCUUAUGCACUUAAAAAAGAAUGGUUUUUUUCCCUCUAUAAACAAAAAUGUUGAUUGACCA